AGUGAAACUGAAUUUUAGUGCCUUUACUUGCAACUUUUCUAUAACCUUUAAAUGUUUUUAUGUUUCUUUUCAGUGGGGGCUUUAUGCAGAAAGUUUUGGUAUUAGUUUUUUCGUGGGGAGAAAGGCAUGUCUUUAGCUGUAUUUUCUAUGUCAGUGUGCUAUGUUUUAUUAGAAAAUAAUUGUAAGAGACAAACUCAAUAGAUCUGCUUCUAAAAAUAUUAGUCAGAAAAGCUGUUUCACUCCCCCCCCACUUCAUUCUCUUAUUUGCACUUUUUUUGUUAAUGAAUGCAGACUUAGACAGGCUAUACCUUUUCUCAGUUUUACUCUUUAUUUUUUAAAAAGAAACUUUAUUGUUGUCAGGAUUCCGCUGUCUGAUUACAUUUUUCACCUUUUUCAUUUACGAUUAUUGAAAAAGCUGCAUUUUAGUAUAUUGAUUAUUGCCCUUUUUUCUUCUUGCCUUCCCUCCAAUGGCUACUAUGUUUGGCAUAUGUAUUUCCCCUACCCCCUCGUAGAAAAAUAGAAUUUUGAGAAAAAAGUAUCCUUCAGGUUUCCAUCACUUUUAAAGAUUUUUAAAAAUAAAAUAAAAAAGGAGUUAGAAAACAUCAGUCUUGAGCUGCUGCUGCUUCUUCAAGAGAUCGGUCCGCAAAGGAAAUCUCCUUUGUUUCUAUUAUUUAUAUGCUGUCAAGUUUUGAAGUGGUGAUCUUUAGAGGCGGGACUGAGUAUGGAUCAUUUGAACGAGACAACUCAGGGGAAAGAACAUUCAGAAAUGUCUAACAAUGUAAGCGAUCCGAAGGGUCCACCAGCCAAAAUUGCCCGCUUGGAGCAGAAUGGGAGCCCAUUAGGAAGAGGAAGACUUGGAAGUACAGGAACUAAAAUGCAAGGAGUGCCUUUAAAACACUCUGGACACCUGAUGAAAACACAUACUAGAAAAGGAACCAUGCUUCCAGUUUUCUGUGUGGUGGAACAUUAUGAAAACUCCAUUGAGUACGAUUGCAAGGAAGAGCAUGCAGAAUUUGUUUUGGUAAGAAAGGACAUGCUGUUCAACCAACUGAUUGAAAUGGCAUUGCUAUCACUUGGAUAUUCUCAUAGCUCUGCUGCCCAAGCAAAAGGGCUAAUCCAGGUUGGGAAAUGGAACCCAGUUCCUCUCUCCUAUGUGACAGAUGCUCCUGAUGCUACAGUAGCUGACAUGCUGCAGGAUGUUUAUCAUGUUGUCACAUUGAAAAUUCAGUUGCACAGUUGCCCUAAACUAGAAGACUUGCCUCCUGAACAAUGGUCUCACACAACAGUAAGAAAUGCUCUGAAGGACUUACUAAAGGAUAUGAACCAGAGUUCAUUGGCCAAGGAAUGUCCCCUUUCACAGAGUAUGAUUUCUUCCAUUGUGAACAGCACUUACUAUGCAAAUGUCUCAGCAGCAAAAUGUCAGGAAUUUGGGAGGUGGUAUAAACAUUUCAAGAAGGCAAAAGAUAUGAUGGCUGAAAUGGAUAGCCUUUCUGAACUAUCACAACAAGGUGCCAACCACGUCAACUUUGGUCACCAGCCAGUCCCAGGGAACACAGCUGAACAGCCUCCAUCCCCUGUUCAGCUUUCUCAUAGCAGUCAACCAUCUGUUCGGACCCCACUUCCAAAUCUGCACCCUGGACUUGUAUCUACUCCCAUUAGUCCUCAGUUGGUAAAUCAGCAGCUGGUAAUGGCCCAGUUGCUAAACCAGCAGUAUGCAGUGAACAGACUUCUAGCCCAACAGUCCUUAAACCAACAGUACUUGAACCAUCCUCCUCCCGUCAGCAGGUCCAUCAACAAGCCGUUGGAGCAGCAGGUCUCAACUAACACAGAGGUGUCUUCCGAAAUCUACCAGUGGGUGCGUGAUGAAUUGAAACGAGCAGGAAUCUCGCAGGCAGUUUUUGCACGUGUGGCAUUUAACAGAACUCAGGGCUUGCUCUCAGAAAUCCUGCGAAAGGAAGAAGACCCCAAGACCGCUUCACAGUCCUUACUGGUAAACCUUCGGGCUAUGCAGAAUUUCUUGCAGCUGCCAGAAGCAGAAAGAGAUCGAAUAUACCAGGAUGAAAGGGAAAGAAGCCUGAAUGCAGCUUCUGCUAUGGGCCCCACACCUCUUAUAAGCACACCACCCAGCCGACCUUCACAAGUAAAAACAGCUGUUAUUGCAACAGAAAGGAAUGGGAAACCAGAAAACAAUACUAUGAACAUUAAUGCUUCCAUUUAUGAUGAGAUCCAGCAGGAAAUGAAGAGAGCUAAAGUGUCUCAAGCAUUAUUUGCAAAGGUUGCAGCAACCAAAAGCCAGGGAUGGCUUUGUGAACUUUUGCGUUGGAAAGAAGAUCCCUCGCCUGAGAACAGAACCUUGUGGGAGAAUCUGUCAAUGAUCCGGAGGUUCCUCAGUCUUCCUCAGCCUGAACGAGAUGCCAUUUACGAACAAGAAAGCAAUGCAGUUCAUCACCAUGGCGACAGGCCUUCCCACAUUAUCCAUGUUCCAGCAGAGCAGAUUCAGAGCCCCUCUCCUACCACCCUUGGGAAAGGAGAGCAUAGAGGCGCUUUCAUACCUGGCCUGCUGACCACUGGACCUUGGCUGGGUGCUGCUCCCCAGCAGCAACAGCAGCAGCAGCAACAGCAGCAGCAGCAACAACAGCAGCAGCAGCAGCAGCCACCGCCACCAGGUCCUAGAUUACCCCCAAGGCAGCCAACAGUAGCAUCACCAGCUGAAUCUGAGGAUGAAAAUCGUCAGAAGACCCGUCCACGAACAAAAAUUUCUGUGGAAGCCCUUGGCAUCCUCCAGAGUUUUAUACAAGAUGUAGGCCUAUAUCCAGAUGAAGAAGCAAUCCAGACUCUUUCCGCUCAACUAGACCUACCCAAGUAUACCAUUAUCAAAUUCUUUCAGAAUCAGCGAUACUAUGUCAAGCACCACGGGAAGCUGAAAGACAACUCAGGCUUGGAAGUGGAUGUUGCAGAAUAUAAGGAAGAAGAGUUGCUUAAGGAUUUGGAAGAGGGUGUCCAAGACAAAAGUACGAACACACUUUUUUCAGUUAAAUUAGAAGAAGAGUUAUCAGUAGAAGGGAGCACUGACAUUAAUACUGAAUUGAAAGACUGAUCGAAAAAGUAUUUAUUCAACAGUGUCACUGCUAUUUACUAAUUCCAUCCUGUGUUCUGUCAGCAACCUCGUUAUUCAUUGUUUGGCCAAUGAAUCUUCCAAAACUUGCACAAAAGUUGAGAAAAUUAAAGGAUAAUACAGACUGCACUAGAUAUUUUACAAACUGCUUCAGAGCUACAGAUGAAGCACUGAAGAUUGUUUCGUAUUAAUUUGUGUUCACUGGGUACACCAAAAUGUACCCAAUAAGCAUGAUAUCUGUGGGUUGUUUUUUAUUAUUAUAAUUAU